AUGAAAAGAGAACGAUCGGAAAAGAAGAUCAAAGGAGUAUCCAAGAGGCCCUGUAUUAAAGCAACGGCAAACAACGAAUGUCAGUGGUACGAAGUGUUGCUAGAACUUCACCUCAAGUCUACCAUAAGUUUCUCUCUCCUCUAUAUCCUCCAUCUCUCUCAUCUAUAUACCUCUCUCCCUCCUCAUCUAUAUCCUUCAUCUCUCUCUCCUCAUCUAUAUCCUCCAUCUCUCUCCUCAUCUAUAUACUUAAUUCUUUCUCUCUUCAUCUAUAUACGUUCUCUCUCUCCUCAUCUAUAUACUUUCUCUCUCUCCUCAUCUAUAUCCUCCAUCUCUCUCUCUCUUCAUCUAUACCCCCUCUCUCAUCUAUACCCCCUCUCCCUAUCUCCUUAUCUACCGGUAUACCCCCCUCUCCUCAUCUAUAUCCUCUCUCUUUCCUCAUCUAUAUCCUUUUUCUCCUCAUUUAUAUCCUCUCUCUCUCCUCAUCUAUAUCCCAUCUCUCUCUCCUCAUAUAUACCCCCUCUCUCGUCUAUAUCCUCCCUAUCUCCUUAUCUAACGGUAUACACCCUCUCCUCAUCUAUACCCCCCAUCUCUCUCCUCAUCCCAUCACUUUCACCUUUCCCAUUUAUAUUUUCUCAGCAAGAGUCAUCAUUUGUCUCAUUCCGUCAUGGAUGGAAAGAGCAUUUGAAAGACUGGUUCAGGCUGACGGGGGCGAUUAACAAGUCUGACAAUCGUCGGGAGUUGCCCACCAUCCCGCAACCCACCCACACGAUGGAAUGGCUAGCUCGCACCAGUUUCAAACAUACAUGUAGACCUCUACGGCGCAACAUUGUUCCGCAACAGAGGAAGCACAAAACCCCAAAGAGACACACGCAGCACGACCACUCGAAGUUUGUCUACUGAUUGGGGGGUCCUUGUGUGCAGUAAGCGCAUGGACAUGUUACCAAUCUCAGAGAUCAGAAGUUGUGACAGCGCUGUGCCACUGACAUAUACUUUCUUUAAUUGAGGGUCCAUGUCUUACAGAUGUAUAUUAAACGUGCAGUUUACGUGUGAAACACUGCAAUAUUUGAUCUUUUCCGUUUGUUUAGCAUAACUCAGUUGUUUUAUGUAGAAUUUUCCAUUUGAACUGUAUAAUUUCCCCUUUGAUUUACAUUCUACAUUUCUUUAUGGAAUUUUAUGAUCUUGCCAGAUAUAUAGGCGUUGUGUUAUAAACCAUUUGUAUCAAAUAUUUUUCCGUUGCACGUUAUCUAGUUUCAACGAGUCUUAAUUUAUAUAUUCAGUAUUAGCAUUAGCACCAUGAGGUAUGUUUACAAAGCCUUUUAUGGUUAACUUCAUUCUACUAGUACUACAGAAGGGUUGAACAGAAUUGGGCCAAAGGUAGGGGUAAUGACCACCGUCACUGACCUACAGGGUGUUUAUCUGUAUAAACAUCCACUGGCUACAUGUAAAAUCGACGUGUACUAGCUGUGUUUUAAGAGGAGAUAGAUUGACCUGUGUAGCCACCGUUUCUCCCUUUGUUUGGUGUCCCAAAAAUUAAGUGACUCGGGGCGGGUACCAACCUACAUAGAUUCACUGUCACCUCUGGAAAUCCUUGAAUCAGUGAAUACCUUCGUCACGUACCCCCUAACCCCCCAACCCCCCAAA